CUUUCGCUGGUCCCUCGGAGCGCGCUGAACGACCUGAUCGACAGGGCUUUCAGCAGGUUCAGACACAAGGAUGUGGUCCAUCUUUCCAGGCUGAAGAAUGGGCUGAAUGUUUUGGAGCUCUGGCACGGGGUUACUUAUGCAUUUAAGGAUCUGUCCUUGUCCUGCACGGGACAGUUUUUGCAGUACUUCCUGGAGAAAAAGCAGAAGCAUGUCACUAUUGUGGUGGGGACUUCAGGGGACACUGGGAGCUCGGCCAUCGAGAGUGUGAGAGGGCAGAAGAACAUGGACAUCUUUGUUCUGCUGCCUAAGGGGUUCUGCACCCAGAUACAGGAGCUUCAGAUGACCACUGUCAUUGAAGACAAUGUCCACGUCUUUGCUGCCCAUGGGAACAGCGAUGAGAUCGAUGAGCCCAUCAAGGAACUCUUUGCUGAUGUGGAUUUUGCCAGAAAAUACAACCUGAUGAGCUUGAAUUCAGUCAAUUGGUCAAGGAUUAUGGUGCAGAUUGCUCACCACUUCUAUGCUUACUUUCAGUGUGCCCCAUCCCUGGAUACCAACCCAUUGCCAGUGGUGGAAAUUGUUGUGCCAACAGGAGGAGGAGGAAAUAUCACAGCUGGCUGUAUUGCCCAGAAAAUGGGUCUCCCAAUCCAACUUGUUGCUGCGGUUAACAGCAAUGACAUCAUUCACAGGACUGUUCAACAUGGAGAUUUCUCCCUGUCAGAGAGUGUGAAGGCUACGUUAGCAUCAGCCAUGGAUAUUCAGGAGCCUUACAAUGUGGAGAGGAUCCUCUGGCUGCUCUCGGGCUCCGACAGCCACUUGACAAAAACGCUGAUGGAGCAAUUCAGUGCAUCAAAACGCCUUCAGCUGCCAGAGGAGCUGCACAGAAAGCUCUCCCAGACCCUGCGCUCCUGCUCAGCCUCUGACGAGGACAUUGUGAGAGCCAUGCAGCUCUGCUGGGAGGAAAACCACUACCUGCUGUGCCCUCACUCUGCCGUGGCUGCUCACUACCACUACUCACAGCCAGACAGCACCCCCCGCUGUUGCUUGGCUCCAGCCUCUGCAGCCAAAUUUCAGGACGCGCUGCUCCGAGCCGGCCUGGUUCCCCAGCUCCCCCCGGACAUCACUGCCUUGAUGGCCAUGGAAACCAGGUCCACUCCUCUGGAGAGGGGACAGGACUGGGCACAGGUGCUCCGGGAACGGAUCGAAGCCGUGGCACGGCGGUGGGGGGUCACGGGGCAGGGGCUCACCCAGAGCUGA